AUGGAGAGAGGACGAGUCAUAUCCUCUGUACUUGUUACCACUAUCGAGAACUCCAUGCGUUCUAUCGUUGUUUUAUCAGAAAAUUAUGCAUCAUCUACGUGGUGUUUAGAGGAGCUAGUGAAGAUACUAGAGUGCAAGAGAAAAAAGGGACAGAGGGUUAUUUCAAUUUUCUAUAACAUCGAUCCAUCAGAUGUGCGGUAUCAAAGGGGAAAAAUUGGAGAAGCCAUGGCUAAACAUGAAAGGAAUUUGAAGGAGAAUAUGGAGAGGGUGCAGAUUUGGAGGGAUUCUCUUACUGAAGUUUCCAAUUUAUCUGGUUGGGUUUCAAGGAAUCAGAAUGAGGCUAUGUUUAUUGAGGAAAUUAUCCAGAGCAUUUUAAAUAUGGACCCAGUGAUAAAUAUGUUUCUUGCAAGGAUAAAGCCGCUUCUUGCGGCGCUUCGUGAACAUGAGGAUGAUGGUAUAAUCUCGUAUCCUAUUCGAGAUACAGCAGUAGAUAAAAAGCUUUUUCGUAGUCGCAUGGAUGAGGAAGUACGUUCCAUCUCUUCUGACCAUGUUGGAGAAGAUUCGAAGGGACAAGGAAAACUUUCAACAAUAUCAGGGUGUAAAAAUCUAAGUAUAAAAUUCCGCACUUCUAUAAAGGCAAGACUUUUGGGUUUAACAUGGAGCACUACGAUAAAGGCAAGACUUCGUGCUGAACAAGUCCUUAUUGUUCUUCAUUACGUGAAUGAUUCAAUAGUCAGCAGCUAUACCAAUGCCUCCAUAUUGAUUUUAGUAGUAGGUUCUUGGAAUCUCCUGUAUGUGCUGUUUUUGCAGUCCUGUGAGGAUGUGUUCCAUGGCAGCCCUGUUACUAUAUUUUGUGAAUUGAAGUUGAGUGAUCUUCGUUCCUGUGAGGUUGGCUGCUUCGGCAAUCCCCUGAACUGGGGUGAUAGAGUGGUGAGGGGGAUCAUUCCAGCGGAAGUUGAAGGAGAAGAAGCAGGAAAGGGAAAACCCUAA